AUGUUGGAUUUCGUGGUACUCAUCGAGGACGCUUUGGAACGAAGCGCACCAUUCAUCGCCAGAUACGCUCGGGAGUCUGAGCUUGGCGAACGAACACACUCGCCCAGAGAGCCACUUCUCAAGGCAUCUUUGAUCCAAGCGGUGAUCCUCCUGCACCUCCUUGAGCACGAGUUGGAGGCUGGCAGAUUCUGCGAAGACAGUCCGGAAGUCUCUGGGGCAUCGCGGGAUUCUCGCCAGACUUUGUGUGCUAAUUGA